AAAUGGCGGUCAUGGCAAUGAAACGAAAUCUCACAGAACGCGCUCGGCUGAAAGCGUUCGAGUCAAUCUUUACUAAGUUCGAUCAUAAUCAAAAUGGUAAAAUCUUUAUCCGUGAUUUUGUGGAAGAAUUGAAACUUCACGAUAUUGAAGUAGACGAGGUUGAAAUAGAGCACUUGAAGAGGUUUGCAGAUGAAGAGGGGGAGGUUACGAAGCAUGAUUUCGAGUUGUACACGAAGGAAUCUGAGCUUUGGAAAAGCCUCGACAAAAACAGGGACGGGGUGGUCUCAAGCCUAGAGAUGACCAGUAAGGCAGAGCUAGCUUUUAAGGUGGCUGACAAGAACCAGGACGGAUAUAUUUCUAAAGCUGAGUUUCAGAAAUUAGCGAAAAAUCUGAAGAAAGAACAGGUUGAUGCAGUAAUGGCCAAGUUUGAUACAAACGGUGACGGGAAGCUGGACUUUGAUGAAUUCAGACAAAUGAUGAACAACAAGAAGUAAUCAGUUCACUGCACAAAUUUAAAGUUUAAUUGUUACAAAGACAUUGUAUAAACGUAAUACAUAGAUUGAGAAGUCAUCGAAAAAAGGAAUUGUUUAAAUAUUUAGGUAUAACUAUAAUGAGGUACUUGCCAAUUUUUAUUUGAAGUUCUCUGAAGUUCAAAUCAAAAACAAAAAUUUGAAUUUUUCAAUAGAUCAUAAACGUCAAAAUUUAUACUUAGUAGUUGAGAUGCUUGAUCAAUAAUUGUAUUACGAAAAGCACUCUGUUUUAGUGAUGAAAAAAGUGAUGAGUCGAAUUUAUCGUUCUGAGUUUUUUUUUACAUUGCACCUUUGCGUCUUUAAUUAACCUUGAAUCUUUUUUCAAGUGUUAGAUUGCUUUGUAGUAUUUAUGUUUUUGGCAUGGAAAAUAUUUUCUAUAAUGAAUGUUCGGAUGUUGGAAGAAUAAGCUUUUUGCAAUUUUAGAAGUUUCAUAUAUUUCGCAGCAAUUGGAAUUCGUACAAUUAUUGCAAAAAAUUAAAUUUCUAUAUUCGUUGUCGUAAAUAUCUUUCUAAAAUUGAUAGGAUUCUGACGAAAUCCAUAUUUUAGUUGUUUAAAUUUUACAUAUUUAUUUGUACUCUGAAUAUGUCAAAUCACACUUUUUGAUGUUCUUAUACACUUACCAUUUAAAUUAUAUAAUCAUGCUUUUAAUCUUCAAUUCUAUCAAUUAAGCUGAUUUGAUAUGAUUCAUAACUGCUUAUACUGUAACUUAAAAUAUAAUUGAUUGAAAAUAAAAAAAAACGUUAACAUUAAAACUUUCAAACCACCUA